AUGCUCCAAAACCUCUGGCUGGUUCUGGCCGUGUACGGCAUUGCUGCCGUCUCGGCCGUACCGCGAACUUUGCCCAUGAAACAGAUCGAACUUGGUCCGCGGCCGUACUUUCUCGUCGACAGCAUGACAGAGGGCCCGCUGAAGUCUCAGCUCGAGAAGUGCAAGGAAAAACCGAUGAAGUCGUCCAAAUGGUCCAUUGGCCACCGAGGCGGUGCCCCUCUGCAAUUCCCCGAGCACUCCAGGGAGUCCAACCUCGCCGGCGCUCGAAUGGGUGCCGGUGUGCUUGAAUGCGACGUCUCCUUCACCAAGGACCGUGCCCUCGUCUGCCGCCAUAGCCAAUGCGAUCUGCACACGACGACGAAUAUCGUCACUAUCCCGGAGCUCAACGCCAAGUGCACUCAGCCGUUUCGGGCGGCCGCAGGUGGAAAGGCCGCAUCGGCCAAGUGCUGCACAAGUGACAUCACCCUCGAGGAGUUCAAGUCCCUGUGUGCCAAGAUGGAUAGCUUCAACAGUUCGGCCACGAAUCCGGUCGAUUUCCUUGGCGGUAUCCCCGGCUGGCGGACUAGUCUGUACGACUCCUGCGGUACCGUCAUCGACCACGAGGAGCACAUCGCUUUGGUGGAGUCGUUGGGUCUGCGACACUCGCCCGAGCUCAAGGUGCCCCAGGUCGAGAUGCCGUUUGAGGGUAAUUACACCCAUGCCAUGUAUGCGCAGCAGUUUAUAGACAACUAUAAACGUGCCGGCGUUCCUGCAUCACGCGUCAUGGCGCAGAGCUUCUACCUCACCGACAUCCUCUACUGGAUCGAAGCGGAACCGGCGUUUGGCAGGAAUGCCUUGCUGCUGGACCAGUCGGGUGAGACUCCAGAGACCUACGCUCAAGCAAUCAAAAACCUGGCUGGGUACCGCUCGAAUGGUGUCCGGACCAUUGCUCCGCCGCUCCAUUAUCUGGUGGAGAGCCGAAACGGGGCCAUCGUGCCGAGCAAGUAUGCUCGUCGAGCGAGCGAGCUGGGCCUCAGGGUCAUCACUUGGAGUCUUGAGCGAAGUGGGCCGCUUCCGGCGGUGCACAAGAACGGCGACUACUACUACACGCCCAUUAGAGACAUUGUAACGAAGGACGGCGACAUGUACGAGCUGGUUGACGUACUGUACAAGCAGGCGCAUGUGGUGGGUAUGUUCUCAGAUUGGAGCGCGACGGUGACGUUUUAUGCCAACUGCUUUGGCAUAGGUUUGUGA